UUUCUUCUCUUUCUUCAAAGGAGUAGCAGGCUUGAUCCUCUAUCUGCCACCCAACUUCAUUUUGAAAUAGAAUUCAGCCAAGUUGUAACAAAGAUCUGAGCCAAUAGAGUGAUACCUUGAUUACCUGUAAUGAACAUUUGCAACAUUCCAUUCUGAGGAGACCCAAUUGAUAUACAAAUCUGGUAAUAUUGAAGAUUAAUUCAAGAAAACAACGCUUAGGGUGGGCCCUGGGAUCAGCAUACAUUCAAACAAAAUGCCUACUCCUUUGACUUCUUUCUCUGAAUCUGUCUCUUCACUGGAACCUAGAACUAUCUUCAUCUCUCCCUCUAUGCCUCCUAUGCCUUCACACUCAUCUCUACCUCCCCCUAUAUCUACUCUAAAACAUUCCCCACUCUCUUGUUCUGUACCUAUGUCCAAAUAUAAACCUAUUAAUAGACUCUUUCCAUCUAGCUCUAAAUCUGCUUUGUUCCUAUCUGCGUCUAAUCUUCAAAUUAACCCUAAAUGUCCAGUUCACAGCAAAUGGAUAUCGCAAUCUAUGUCAGAAUGUCCCACUUUCUGUCCCAUCUCUGAAUCUACACCUAUGGGGCCAACUCCAUUUGUUUGUGCACCUUUGCAUAGGGCUCCCUCUAACUGUAUCAUUUCUUCUCUUAGUCCGAAAUCUAUUCCUGUCUCUAAAGCCUCUACAGUGACAACUGUGACCCCACCAAAAACUACCUGUGCUUCUCUCCCUGUGUUUCCCUGUAAUUGUGUCUGUAUUUCUACCUCGACAUCUACACUUCUGCCAGAACCUGCCGAUCCCCCAUCUAACUGUGUAGUUGUCAAUGGAAAUCCCUGUAAUUGUGUCUGUUCCUCUACUACAACAUCUAUACUCAACCCAGAAUCAACUGCGCCCAACUCUACCCAUACCAAUGAGAAUCCCUGUAAUUGCGUCUGUAACUCUACUUCAACAUCUACACUCAACCCAUCAGUUGCGCCCAACUCUGCCCACGCCAAAGAGAAUCUCUGUAACUGUGUCUGUACCUCUACUUCAACGUCCACACUUUUGCCCCAAUCUUCACCUGCCUCUAAUGGUGCAUUUUUCACUAGGGAUCGCUGUAAUUGUGUCUGUGCCUCUACUUCAACACCUACGUUCUUCCCCAUGUCUUCCCCCUCUACAUCCACCCCCAAAGAUCCCUGUGUCCUUUUCCCUGGGUUUCCCCUUAAUUGCACCUGUGCUGCUACUUCUACCUCUAACCUCGUUCCCAAAUUGAAUACAAACAAAGCUACAUCUAUCUGUGCAUUAUUCCCUGGGACUACCACUAAUUGUAUCAGUAACUUGGCAUCUCUGCUUAGCCCCUUAUCGCCUAUAACCAGAUCUACAUCUAUGAGUGCAUCAUUCCCUGGGAAUCCCCCUCCUUUUGAUGAUGCUUCCCCCAUACCUACCCUUAACCCCAAAGCUGAUAAAGCUUCAUUUCCCUUUGAAUUCCCAGGGUUUCAUCCUAAAUGUAUUUGUAAUUUUAAUUUACCAGCUGCACUUAACCCCAAAACUGUUCAAGACACUUCAUGUGCAGUAUCCCCUGGGAAUUCCUCCAAUGCUAUCAAUAACUCAACAUCAACAUCGACCCUUAGUCCUACAUUUAAUCGAGCUACAUCUACUAGUGCAUUAUUCCCCGAGAAUCCCGUUAAUUGUGUCUGUAGCUCUACAUCGACAUCGACUCUUAGCCCCCAUUUUAAUCGAGCUACAUCUACCUGUUUGUUAUCGGAUGUGAAUUCUGCUAUUUGUAUCAAUACUUCUACCUCCACAUCGACACUUAACCCUCAAUUUAAUCGAGCUACAUCUACUUGUGCAUUAGCCCCUGAGAAUGCUGCCGUUUGUGAAAGUAAUUCUACCCUGGCAUCUGACAUUAACCCCCCAUCUCCUCCUCUAACCCGGGCAUCAUUUCCCGGGAGCCCCACCGAACGUACCUGUGCCUCUAAUUCGGCAACUACAUUUAACCUCAAAAAUCCUCUAGCAUCCAGAACUGCAUCUACUAAUGAAUUCUCUCCUGGGGUUCCCGAUAAUGAUUUCACUAACCCUACCUCAAAGUCUCCACUUGGCUCCAAAUCUAGUCCUCUCUCCAGAGCUUCAGCUAGCCGUAUAUUAUUCCCUGAACAUCAUAAUAUUCCCCCGGAGGAACCUACAGUCUGCCCAAAAUCUACUUCUAGUGCCUCAACCACUAAGGUUGGGACUACACCUAAAUAUAUCAGUCCACUUUUCCCAGGUUUUCCCUUUAAUGGCCCUGCUGCCCUGUUAGCUAAAAUCUUCUCAAGAUCGAAUCCACCUAGAGUCACACCUACAGGUCCCUGCUGCGUACCUCUACGUAUUCAUCCCUCCAAUGAAAACUCAGGCUCUACCUCGGCUAAACCUAAUCAAAAUUGUGAGCCUAAUCUAUCAUCCCUUAAAAAUAUAACAGACUGUAAAUUUUUUGGUUCUAAACUCUCUUUAUCUGGGCAGAAAUCUCCUCCUCUCUCUAAAUUAACCACUAAAACUCAGCCUAUAUCUAUACCCCGCUGUACAUCUUUAGGAACUUCUACCUCUACACCUUUUUACACAGAUAUAUCUCCAACUUCAAGCAACUGUGACUUGCCACCUACAUGCCCAACUUCAUCUUCACCUGCCCCUUUCUGUCUCUAUGACUCUGACUCUACCCCUGCCCCUUCUCCACUCCCAGAACGUAAUUUCAUAGCACUCUCCUCUGAUGAACUCUCUGAGGUUGACACUCCACCUUUCUCAUCAUCUCCCUGAACAACUUUAUCUAUCUUUACUUCUACUUUCUACCUCCAUGGCAUAUGCUAAAAGCAUCAGACUCUUGCCAAUCCCGUCAAAUGCUAAAAGAGUCUGGAUAUAAAGAAAAAGAAGCAAAACUGACCCAGGGCCCAUAGAUGGACUUUCAGCAAGAAUUAAUGAAAAACACAGAAUUGACUGUCCUGAAAUAGGAUGGAUUUUGUUGGAUCAUCUCAGCUUCCAGUUGCUGUUCUCCUCUGGACUAUGGUAUUAGGAUUCAUUCUUGUUUUGCUGAUGGGGAUUAUUUAGUUUGCUCCUCAAUACUUCUCCUGAACUCAGAUACCAAGGUUCCUCCCCAAAAUGGUGUCAGUCGUCCUUUUCAUUGUGAGAUGCUUCGACAUUUGGAUGACCUUGCUAGUGGAGAGCUGGAACCUCAGUCCCUGUUGGACCUGGCUACUGCAGGAAUCUCUUGGUCCCUGCAGACGGUGUGCCGGGACUGAAAUUAACUAUGGAGAAACUGGUGCAGAGAGAGAGGAUUGGAAUUGCCUGAAAUCACAAGGCUCAUGAGGGAAAAUAUCAAACAAGACUUUCUGACUUCAGAAUGAGAGAGAAGGCAUUGUUAUCCAAUUACACUCGAUACAAGAGAGAGAGGGAUAGAAGGACAUCAGACUGGAACAAAGAAUUAAUGAAGACUGAGGUCAAUAAUAUGAAUAUUCCUGAUAAUGGUGGUCAUCAGAGUUUCUAUACUAGGAGACUUUAGUUUGGAUCCCACAAAUGGUGUAUCAUUACUUUGCAUUGGAAUCCCAGGUUUAAUGGCAAGAUUUCAUGGCCUUAUGGUGGUUGCUGUCACAAAUGGUCACCACAGCUGAUCAACAGAUAUCUUGAGCUACUGUUAAUCCCAGAGGAUUAUGCUUCCCUCCAUAAUGGGAAAUGUUUGCAUACAUAGAGCUUUGCCUGAUUUUCUGACCUUCCCCAACCCUGUGUAUGAGUCUGGGUGGUCUAAUGAAAAGGGGGCACACCACUGGCUCUGGAUAGGGUUUUUCCUGUCUUUGUCGAAUUGUGGAAUUUCCUUGAAAAGCCUUGCUUAUUUCCUUAUGCUGUUACAGGUAAAUUCAUCUCCUCUAUUCUCCAGUUAAGUGCACUAAGUAGCAUAGGCAUAUAUGAUGAAUCCUGCAUAUGAAGGGAAGAUGGACUUAGAAUCAGAACACCUAUAUUUGAAGUCUAAUUCCAACACCAACAAGUAACAUAUUCCCAGAAAAGAUAUUGAAUCUUCCUAAAUUUUGUUUUCUUUACCUGCACAAAGAACAUAAGGCUAGAAGCAAUUUGAGGACAAGGUACAAGACAUGCUUCUCCUUCUCUUGCAAGGUCUCACACAAGUGUGUGUGACCCCUUUUGGGCCCCCCAAGAACCCGUACACGCAUAGCAGUUUCUCUAUUUUUUGUGUCUUCUGUUUAAUUAUUGAAUCCUUUGUACCCACGCUUGGACCUCCCUAAUGCUGACCACAUGCCUGUCUGGAUUACUGAUGACUGCUUUCUUCCUGGACCAGUUACUUGACCUGUUGUUACCUUAUCCCCACUGGAUGGACUCCUUGGAUGAUGGACCCAUUUUGGACUUUUGGCAAAUGAUAUAUGUCACUCCCAUCUUUUCCUCCCUGAAUUGUGAAUUCGAUUUGAAAUUUUGGCAAAUGAUGCUCAUGUCACUCCUCUCUGUCCUUCCCUAAACUUUGGAUUUGAUUUGGACUUUUGCCAAGUGAAUGAUACCUAUGCCAUACCUAUCCUGCCCUCUCCAGACUCUGGACUUCUGGAAAAUGAUACUUCUGUCACUCCUAUACUUCCCGCCAUUUCCCUUGGACUUUGGACUUGAUUUGGACUUUUGCCAAUGUACUUUUGUUUCUCCUAUAAUUCCCUCCCAGUUCCAUUCCAUAGCACUGUCCUUAUUCCCACAUCCACAGUCAUCUUCUGAAGAUCCUCCUCCAGUUUGAGGCCUCCAAUUCUGCUAUAGGUCUCUGAAUAUCUGUUUCUCAUAGAGUCAAACUCUGGCUCCUAGGUUCUGACACCUAGACUUCAUUCAAUCCUACAGAUCUCCCUGGACUGCUGAUCAUCACCCUACCUGAUCUGUUUUUGCCUAGGCCAAGGUUCCGAUAUAUGUGAUAUGAUUCAUGAGGAAAAAUGUCAAUCUCAUUUUCUGUCAUUUCACCAUUAUUGCCUAAUUCAUCUGAGACCUAAAUGCUUUGUUGUCUCAAAGGCCUCAAAGAUUUCCCAAUUAAAAAUUAAAAUAUCCCAGGGAUGACUUGCAA